GCGCAAGCGCAACGUGAACCGGAAGUGAUGAUUGUUUGUAGCAUGUGGGCUAAUUUGUUUUCAUGAACUUAUCGUAGUAUUUUUUACUUACUUGUAGUAAAUAUGUGAAACACGAAAGCCUAAGCUCUUCAGCAACAACUCGGCCAACAUAUCGGCGUUCAUAAAUGUAGUAAUAGUCGCACAUUUAGCUUUAAAUCGAUGAUUCAUAAUGAAAGUUCAGGUUAGCUACGUCAUGGAGAGGAUUAUGUAGCUGCCAUGAGGGCAACAAGCACCACGUAACAUGCAGAUACACGUGAUUAUUCUUAUAUAGCUGUUCUUAUAUCUGUCAUGAUGUCUGCUCUGUGCCGAUGCCUUUUGUUCAGCCGUGUUUCUAAAUUAAAAGAAAGCACAGGUUUGGUACAUGUUAUGAGAUUUGGCUUCAAUGCGGUUCAAUCUCCACAGUGGAAGACACAUAGUAACAUCCUCAGUGCUAUGGCUACUAAGUCAGAGAAGCUCAAUGUUUCUUUCUUUUCAAGUUCAAGUUCAACUAAAGAUGGGCCAGCUCGAGUGAAGAGAGUUUCCAUCGAGGGCAACAUUGCUGUUGGAAAGUCGACUUUUGCAAGAUUCCUGCAGUCAGCUUGUUCAGACUGGGAGGUGGUGGCAGAGCCAGUAAGCAAGUGGCAGAACAUUGAGAGUGAGACCUCAAAGGGGACAGGCGCGCCCCCCCAGACUACAGUCAGCAACCUUCUGCAGAUGAUGUACGAGGACCCUCAGCGGUGGUCGUACACGUUUCAGACAUAUUCCUGUAUGAGUCGUCUGAGAACGCAGCUGCUGCCUCCUCCUGCUCGCCUGCUCGGCUCAGAGGGAACACCUGUCCAGGUGUAUGAGCGCUCCAUCUACAGCGACAGAUACAUCUUUGCCCUGAACAUGUUUCACUUGGGCUGUAUCAACUCUACAGAGUGGACAGUCUAUCAGGACUGGCACUCUCUGCUGGUGGAGCAGUUUGGACACCAGGUGGAGCUGGAGGGCAUCAUCUACCUCAGAGCCCCGCCAGAGAAAUGUAUGGAGCGUCUGAAGCAUCGGGGAAGGGACGAGGAGAAAGGAGUGAAGCUGGAAUAUCUGGAUAAGCUGCACGUUCAACAUGAGAGGUGGCUUGUUGAGAAGAGCACUGAAAUACAUUUUGAGAAGUUGAAACAGAUACCUGUGUUACAACUUGAUGCCAGUGUGGAGUUUCAAAGUGACCAAGAGGUGCAGGAGCAAAUUAUAACCAAGGUAAAGAAGUUCUUCGAUGCUUUGUGAGCAGACCAGCAUCAGCUACAUGAUGAGACCAGCCCGACCUCAGUCAGUAGAGAGAAGGAAAUAUAAAGUUAAUAUAAAAGGUUCUCUCUUUUUGACAAGCACUGUCUUUACAGGACUGUACUGCAUGAAACACAGUUCAGUUGACUUGAAUGUGUUGGUUCUCUUAGAUUGUUACAUUACAUUUUUUCAGCUUUUUGUCACCUGCUUGUUAUUUUAUUUGUUUUGAUAUUAAUUUCUUGUACUGUACUGUUUAUUCCACUUGAAAUCUUACUAAUAGAAUAUUUUACACAUUUGACCUGUUGAAACACAGAUCUGUUAAGUGAUUUUACAGCCUGUCUAAAUCUGUGCUAACACUACUGUGACCAUUUGGAAACACAAUUUACUGAACGUCAUACAGUUUUUGUGUCUGGUACUGUUUCACACAUUCCUCACGGUGUCAUUUUACAAUAACUUAAUGAAUGCAUGUAUUGUAUCUGUUGUUUAAUAAAUAAAGAUAAUUUUUUUAGAGA